UAGUAACUUAGAUUGUGGACUUCAACUCCCAGAGUUCCUCAUUCAGCAAAGCAGGAAGUCAAAGCAGGCUGUAAUCAGUAGCUGAAGAAAAACGCAUGCUGUGCCCGAAAGGAGUAGUAAUUAUAGAUCGGAUAUAAUCCAUCAUAAUUGACAUGAAUUGCGUUGUGAAAGGAGAUCUUUACAAUGCAUUGAAUGCACUUCUUAUGAAACAAUUUAAAGAAUUUAAAUGGUGGUUAAAUUCUAUUGAUUAUAAUGGAAGACCAAACAUUCCUAAAGCUUCACUGGAGAAAGCGGAUGCACCAGACGUUAUAGAUCUCCUGAUUCAAUAUUAUGGAGAAGAUGCUCUAGAGGUGUGCAUUCAUGUCCUUCAAAAAUGCAACAGAAAUGAUCUUGCAAAAAACCUUGAAGAAACUGGACAGAAAGUUGCAGGUGCUGAUGCUGACCAACUUUCAGAUUUAUCAGAUUACAGAAACUACAUUAAAAAUUUUUUUGAAACAAUGAAAGAUCCUAACGCUGUUCCUGGGGAAUAUGUGUCCCUGAACAAGAGAUACUCAAAGCUAAUCAUCCUAGAUUAUCACACAUCUAAAGAGGAGAAAGAAAAUGAAAUUCUGGCUAUGGGUAGGAAACAUCGUGAAAUCAUCAGCAAAAGAGCUGAGUCUUCCACCAGCAUUGAAGCAUUAUUUAACCCUGAUAAAUAUGGAUUAAUUCCACAAGUUGUUGUGUUACAGGGAGCUGCAGGAAUUGGAAAAACCAUAACGGCCAAAAAAAUCAUGUUUGACUGGGCUUCUCAACUACUUUACCAGGACAAAUUUAAUUAUGCUUUCUAUAUUUGCUGUAGAAAGAUGAAUCUCCAUGCAGAGUCAGAGAUGCAUAGUAUUGCAGAGAUAAUUUCAGGUGAAUGGCUCAAGUGUCACGAAUCCAAAAAUGUCAUUCAAAACAUAUUGAAGAAUGAAGAGAAGCUUCUGUUCAUAAUUGAUGGGUUUGAUGAAUUAAAGUUUUCUUUUGAUCGGCCUGAAAACUACUUUUGCAAUGAUCCCUGGAAGAAGGAGCCAGUGAGAAUUCUUUUGAGGAGUUUAUUUCAAAAAAGGCUUCUUCCUAAAUCCUCUCUUAUAAUCACAACAAGACCUAUUGCCCUGGAAAAACUCCAUCAAUAUUUAGAGCACUCACGCAAUUUUGAGAUACUGGGGUUUUCUACAAAGGAAAGAGAAGAAUAUUUCUACAAUUUUUUUGAAAAUAAAGACCAAGCAAUUCAAGCUUUCAGAUUUGUGAAACAAAAUGAUACGCUUUUCACCAUGUGUGUCAUUCCCCUUGUGAGCUGGAUCAUCUGCACAGUGAUGAAACAGGAGAUGGAGAGAGGCAAGGACCUGCAGAAGACACCAUGCACCCUCACUGCAAUCUACAUACUGUAUUUCUCUAGUUUGUUAAAGUUUCACCAUAAAGGAUCCAAAUAGGAUGUCCAAUCAAAUGUGAAAGGUUUCUGCACUUUGGCUAAAGAAGGAGUCUGGAAACAGAAAAUAUUGUUUACGGAAGAAGAAGUCAAGAAGCACAUUUUAGAUCAGGGAAACUCCCUCCCCCUUUUUCUGAAUCAGAACAUCUUCAAAGAGGACAUUGAAUGUAUUCACAUGUACAGUUUCAUUCACUUAAGCUUCCAGGAGUUUUUUGCUGCUUUGUUUUAUGUUCUAGAAGAAGGAGAGGAGCAGCAUUCUCAAAACCGGAAUAAAAAUUUGCAGACCUUAUUAAAAAGCCAUAAAUCUCUUAGGACAGAUUUUGCAGUAGGAUUUCGCUUCCUCUUUGGUUUUUUAAAUGAACAAAAAAGAAUGAGAGAGUUGAAAAAAAAUUUUGGAUGGGAAAUUUCUUCUAAGAAUAAAGAAUUUUUGUUAGACUAUGUGAAAUAUAAUAUUAAAAAAAUGAAUUUUAAUUUCCAAUUGCAAAAAGAAUUGUUUAGUUAUUUAUAUGAGACACAAGAUGACAAUUUUAUAAAAAAUGCACUAUGUGGUAUCAUUGAAAUAGAUUAUCAGUGCAACUCAGAUAUGGCAUUGAUGAUCCUGGCCUAUUGUGUACAACACUGUCAGAAUUUAGAAUGCCUCUUUGUUGAUGGUUCUGCAUUAUUAUAUCGUGCAAAGACAGAAUCAUUUCUUCCAGAAAAUGAGGAAUGGCGUUUGGAUGAAGGAUAUAUGGAAGACUUCUUUAAAGCACUGACAAAAUUGAGAAACUUAAGCAUCCUCAGUUUGCUAGGAUGCUCCUUCACAGAGUCCUGCAGCAGGCAUUUUGCUGAAGUCUUCAAGAACAAUCAGAGUUUGAAAGAAUUACUUUUGUCCCUGGAAGAUACAGAUGACAGAGCAAUGGAAUUGCUGUGUGAGGGACUCCAAGAUCCAGACUGUAAAAUAGAAAAACUAGAACUUUCUGGAGAGAUCCUGAGUGAAUCUUGCAGCAGGCAUGUUGCUAACGUAUUCAGGAAAAACCCGAGACUGAGAGAGUUACACUUGGAAAUGCAGAAUCUAGAUGACAAAACAAUGGAACUAAUCUAUGAUGGUCUCAAGCAUCCACAAUGCGAAAUAGAGCUUAGUGGAAAGAUCUCGACUGCAUCCUGCAGCAGGCAUUUUGCGGAAGUACUCAGAGAAAAUCAGAGAUUGAGAGAGUUAGAUCUGUCCUUCAAAAGCCCUGAUGACAAAACAAUGGAACUAUUGUGUGAUGGGCUCAAUGAUCCAGAAUGUACAGUAAAGAAGCUAAAGCUUGAUGGAGAGAUUCUGACUAUGUCGUGCAGCAGGCAUGUUGCAGAAGUAAUCAGAAGAAACCAGAGAUUGAGAGAGUUAGAGCUAUCCCUCAAGAACCCAGACACUAAAACAAUGGAACUACUCUGUGAGGGGCUCAAACAUCCACAAUGCACAAUAGAGAUAUUAGACCUUGCUGGAGAAACCCUGACUGAAUCGAGCAGCAGGCAUCUUGCAGAAGUACUCAAGGAAAACCAGAGAUUGAGAGAGUUAGGUCUGUCCUUCAAAAGCCCUGAUGACAAAACAAUGGAACUAUUGUGCGAUGGGCUCAAUGAUCCAGAAUGUACAGUACAGAAGCUAAACCUUGCUGGAGAAACCCUGAAUGAAUCGAGCAGCAGGCAUCUUGCAGAAGUACUCAGGAAAAACCAGGGAUUGAACAUAUUAUUCUUGUCCUUCAAGAACCCGGAUCAUAAACCAAUGGAAGAGCAGUGUGAGGGUGUCAAACAUCCAGAAUGUACAAUAGAAAUGCUGCAUCUUCAAGGAGAGAUAAACACCGAAUCCUGCAGCGGGCAUCCCUCAGAAGUACUCUCGAAAAACCAGAGAUUGAAUGUAUUAUCCUUGGCCCUCAAGAACCCAGAUGACAAAGCAAUGGAAGUGCUGUGUGAGAGUCUCAAACAUCCAGAAUGUACAAUAGAAAGGCUAUAUCUUCAAGGAGAGAUACAAACCGAAUCCUGCAGCAGGCAUCUUGCAGAAGUACUCUGGAAAAACCAGAGAUUGAAUGCAUUAUCCUUCUCCCUCAAGAUCCCAGAUAACAAAGCAAUGGAAUUGCUGUGUGAGGGUCUCAAACAUCCAGAAUGUGCAAUAGAAACGCUAGAGCUUGCUGGAGAGAUCUUGACCGAAUCCUGCAGCCGGCAUCUUGCCGAAGCACUCAGGAGAAACCAGAGAUUGAGAGAGUUAGAGCUAUCCCUCAAAAGCCCUGAUGACAAAACAAUGGAACUGCUACGUGAGGGUCUCAAGCAUGCGCAAUGUACAAUAGAGACAGUGCAGCUUUAUGGAGAGAUCUCGACCACAUCCUGCACUAGGCAUUUUGCAGAAGUACCCAGAGAAAACCAGAGAUUGAGAGAGUUAGAUCUGUCCUUCAAAAGCCCUGAUGACAAAACAAUGGAACUAUUGUGCGAUGGGCUCAAUGAUCCAGAAUGUACAGUACAGAAGCUAAAGCUUUCUGGAGAGAUCCUGAGUGAAUCCUGCAACAGGCCUCUUGCAGAAGUCCUCAGAAACCAGAGAUUGAGAGAGUUAGAUCUGUCCUUCAAAAGCCCUGAUGACAAAACAAUGGAACUAUUGUGCGAUGGGCUCAAUGAUCCAGAAUGUACAGUACAGAAGCUAAAGCUUUCUGGAGAGAUCCUGAGUGAAUCCUGCAACAGGCCUCUUGCAGAAGUCCUCAGAAAAAACCCGAGAUUGAGAGAAUUAGACCUGUCCCUCAAGAACUCAAAUAACAAACUAUUAGAAAUGCUGUGGGAUGGGCUCAAACAACCAGAAUGUGCAAUAAAGACUGUAGAGUUGACUGAAAAUUACAUUAUACAGAAUGGAAAAUGGUAUAUAACAGCUGUGGUGCAUCUCGAGCUAGAAAAUGAGGAUGAGUGAAGAGACUGCCAAGCUUUGAAUCUUUGGAGAACAGGAAGAGGCGCAGACCUGACCACUUUAGUCCUAAUCUGUUUGACAGGUUGCUGCGCCAAAUCGCCAUGGACAAGUCACCACAGCCACCUCACCACAGGACAAGAGCACGGGUGAAAUGCUACUGGUUUGCUCUGGUUUGGGUGAACCAGUAGUGAUAAAAACUACCAGUUCGAGAAAACCGGUAGUAAAAAAAAAGCUACUGGCUCAGGUGAACCGAUAGUUAGCUACUGGUUUGAUUGGACCAGCAGUUUAAAAAGCUACUGGUUUGGGCAAACCGGUAGUUAGCUACCAGUUCGGGCAAACGGGUAGUUUAAAAAAGCUACCAGUUCCUCCGAACUGCUAUUUCUGAUGAUCAGCUGUGCCAUACAGUUUAGCUUUGCUAGAGAGCAGGAUUUCCUACUUUCUAGCAAAGCUAAAUCAUGUGCCACAGCUGAUCUCCCCCUUGCUGUUCUACUUACCUUCCCAAGCCUCCUUUUGGUGCAUACUGAGCAUGUGUGUGUGUGCGCAGAGCAUGUGUUUGGUGCACACUGUGCAUGCACACAUGGUGUAUGUUUGCAAACAGUAGCAAACCGGUUCAGAUUUCACACCCUACACUAAUCAAAGAAGUGGCGGAAAAAGGGACAAAGUGAAAUUGCAUCCCAAAAAAGGAUGUAAAAAGAGGAACAAAAUGAAAUAUGAAUGACAAAAAUUAAAACAUUUAAAAAUUAUUUUAAAUAAUUAAAUGGAAUGCUUUGGCUGCAGUGAGUUGACCAUGGCAUUGUCCAUGGCGAGUUGGCUGUGACGAGUUGUCCCAUUUCGAUCUGGCUGUUGCCAAGAGAAUGCCACCUAUCUGGUGAAAUUCUCUUAUCAGCUCAAGGUUCCUUGAAUCUGACAAUGGCUAAGCCUCUGGAUGCUGUUUCUCCAUGCUUGCUUAUUUGAUUGAUCUAUUUUUAUUUCCAUUCUGAAUAUGGUAAAGAAGAGUUGGAAUUAAUAUACCAGUAGUCCUCACCUUACGACCACAAUUGAGCCCAAAACGUCUGUUAAUAAAUUAGACAUUUGUUAAGUGAGUUUUGUCCCUUUUUAACCCCUCUCUUGCCACAGUUGUUAAUGAAUCAUCGGAGUUGUUAAAUUAGUAACAUGGUUUUAAAGUGAUUCUGGUUUCCCCAUUGACUUUGCUGGUCAGAAGAUCCCAAAAGGUAAUAACAUGAUCCUAGGACACUGCAACCAUCAUAAAUAUGAGUCAGUUGCCAAGCAUCUGAAUUUGGAUCACAUGAUCAUGGGGAUGCUACAAUGGUCGUAAGUGUGAAAAAUGGUCAUAAGUCACGUGUUUCAGUACUGUUGUAACUUUGAACGGUCAGUAAAUGAACUAUUGUAAAUCAAGGACUACCUGUAUAGUGAAAGUCUGAAGAUUUUUCAGGAACUAUGCUGGUAGUCUUUGACUUACAACCAUUGACUUAGUGACCAUUUGAAGUUACAAUGACAAUGAAGAAAAAGUGACUUAUGACCAGUUUUCGCACUUACAACUGUUGUAGCAUCCCCAUGGUCACAAGAUGAAAAUGUGGAUGUUUGGCAACUGGCAUGUAUCUAUGAUGGCUGCAGUGUCCUGGGUUAUGUGACUUUAAACAUUGGUGUUAUCUUUGCUAUGCUUUAGUAAGAAUUUCUCUGAUUCUUUCAGUGCUCGCUCGCUCUCUGCAGGAUUUAUAAGAAUUAUAUGUUUUGUUUUUAUGGUGUAUUGCUACAUUAUAUAUUUGAUUUCAUUUUCUUGCCUUUCUAUAGUUUUAGAUUAUUUCUGAGAUUCCAGUUAAGCAGUCUUGAAAUAUUUAGAAUGUAGAUUUAUGCCAUAGUGCUUUCAAAAGAACAUAGAUUUCAAAACAGAGAAAGCCUAAUAAGCAAAGAUAUUUUUAAAAAAAUGAAGUUUAGACCUAAAAAUUAAGUGUUGGUAGGCAACCAGCACUCAGUGAGAAGAAAAACUUGGAAUUUAAUAGAUAUUUUUUCUUAUUUGAAAGGACAUUUUGGUCACUGAUUUUUGCAUUGAUUAGUUUCUGAUUUACCAAUGAUUUUGACUGUACUGCAAUUGCUUCAUUUUGUUGUAACUAUUGGUCUGCUUCAAUCAUUAUAAAAGGUAUUUAUCACUAGAAAAGAACAUAUUUAGUUCAAAGUUGAACUCAACAUUUGUGUAUGAUUUUCCAUAAAGUUUUCAUAAGUUUUCUGUAACUUGUUGCUGGUUUGCCUUUUACCUCAAUAAAAUUUAAACUUUUUUAAAGUGCAAUUCAGCAUAUACAAUUCAGCAUAACGUGCCUACCGUUCCUGUCCUAUUGUUUUUCUUUUCUUCUUCCUAUAUAUGUUUAUAUGUGUAUAUACUAUAUAAUCUUUUUGUAUGAUGUUGUGACAAAAUAAAUAAAUAAAUAAAAUAAAAUAUGAGGCUCCUUUUGUAGAACAGUGGAGCUCUAACCAAUAUUCCUUGGUUAAUGUACACCAGUUCAGAAACAUUCAAACUUACAAUAGUGCUGAAUGAGGGGUACUUACAAAUGGUCCUUGUAAUUGCAGUCAUUGUAACAUUCCCACAGAUACAUGAUCACAAUUCAGAGGCUCCGUUCACAGUUAUGACAUUGCAACGUCCCAUGGUCACAUGGACACCCUUGGUAACCCUCACUACUGAGUUCCAGAAAGCAAAGUCAAUGGGAAAGCCAGCUGGAGGUCUCAAGUGGUGAUCACAUGACCUGGAGAUUCUGCAAAUACAUAGUAUUCACUUAAUAAUGGUAACUGGGAUUACCAGAACUGUUAUAUUGCAGUGCAGUCACAUGGCAUGAUGCCUUACGACUGCCUUGCAUACUGACAGAGUUUCUUAUCCCAAUUUAUGUUGCUAAGUGAGGAUUACAUAUACUAAGUUCUGGUGAUAUGUCUUAAUAUCCAAAAUAACCUCAUAUUGGAGUAAUAAAUGUGACUGAGAAUGGAAUUCAACAUAGAAACCAGGCAUAGACCACAAUGCUAUUCAUGGGUUACUGUUUGUAGGACAUUCAAAAUGUAGAUUUCUUUUGAACAGGAUUGUUCUAAACCUGGGAACUAUAGGCCAAUCUCACUUUUAAAUAAUGAUUAUAAGAUUUUUGUUAAAAUAAUAGCUAAUAGAUUAAUGUUGAUUCUGCAGCGAAGAAUUCAUAAUGAUCAAUCUGGAUUUAUAAAAGGGAGACAGAUGAGGAAUAAUGUUAGGCAGAUUGUUAAUUUACUGGAGUACUUAGAAAAGAAAAAUUUUAUUCCAGCAGCAUUUAUUUUUCUCGAUGCAGAGAAAGCUUUUGAUCGAUUGCAUUGGGAUUUUUUAUUUAAAUUAAUAGAAAAGAUGCAAUUUGGAGAUGGUUUUUUAAGAAUAAUUAGGGCAAUUUAU